AUGUUGCGGCGCGCAGUGGACAGAUCUGUCCACGCACCUAAUCGAAAUCUUCUUAUAAGACGCUGGCUGUCAACCCAUAAAUCAGAACCUCCUUUACCACCACCACCCAGGUCCAAGCCAGACGACCAUGCCGCUGUCAGAAGUCGCUUUGACCGCUUCGUUGAACGCACCCCGCGUUUCCUCCGCCCUACAGUCAUUGGCCUGCGACAAGCUCCUGUGUCACAUGUUGCAGCAUUCAUUGUUCUUCAUGAACUGACUGCGGUUAUACCGUUAUUCGGCCUGGCAGGAGCUUUCCAUUACUGGCAUUGGCUUCCUCCCUACUUUGCUGAAGGAGCUUGGAUCUCUGCGAGUGUUGAGAAGUUUGCACGGUACUUCCGGAAGAAAGGCUGGAUCAGUGAAAAAGAAGAGAUUGAGGUUGAGCAGGAGACGAAGAAGGGCAAUGCGGGACGCCUUGAAAAUCGAAAAGAAACAGCCUCAAAGUGGUUCAAUCGAGGAGAGACCGCCACAAGAUGGGUGGUCGAGUUCGCGACAGCGUAUGCUUUAGUGAAAGCUUUGCUGCCUUUGCGUCUUCUCGUUAGCGUUUGGGGGUCGCCGUGGUUUGCGCGAAUUGCCAUCAUCCCGGUUGGAAAUGCCACAAAAUCACUGUUUCGAAGAACCAAGCCAUGA